ACAUCCAAAAAGUUGAUGGGAUCUCUCGUUUCCUCAGGCCUAUCCCAUUCGGAGCAAACGCAGGAUUAGACCGGACACAGUAGAGAGACGAACUCACUCUGGAAAAAGCUAGCUCUGCCUCUGAGUGUAAAGUGGCUACGAAGAAGAGGAUACAACGUAGGAUUCUUCUAUUGAUGAUUGGUUAUCUAAUUUAGUUUUGAAUAGCCUAAAAAGGCCACUUUCUAGUUUCACUCCCCCUUUUCAAUCGGUCCAGUGCCGCCUCCAGAAGCACCUAUCAUAACUGCUAACAUACGCACUCUCUCUCUCAUCGUCUAUCUCUCUCUAUAUAUAUAUAUACUUGCAUUUUGUUGCAAAGCUUUCAAUGAAUGUCGGUCCCGCAGAGGAUUAUCUGUUUUUUUGCGCUUACUAUCCCCACCGCUGCUACCAAUCCCAGGAGUUUCAUUCUUUUCAACAAUCGUUCUUCUUUGUCCGCUUUUCUUCCCGUAACACAGGCUCUGAGAUUCAGCAGCUCCGUCUCUAAUUUGCCGAUGCCAAACCACCAGAGAAAGGCUGGCAAAAGAGUGGGAGUAUGGAAAGAGAUGCAAAGUGGAGGACUUCAUUCAUCUCCGGCGGCUACGCGAGCGCCUGCCGAAGCAAUUUCCGAUAGACUGAGUGGGUUGAGUAUCGGGGAAAAUACUGGGCAGACAUCUGUUCCAAUUUCAUCUACACAAUUUGGGAGUGUUCCAUUGGCAAACCAGGUCCCUGUGAAAAGUCAAAAAGCCAUUUGGCAGCCCAAGCACUAUGGAACAAUUAGUGGAGCCACAGAAGUGGCAGUUGAGACUCCGGUUCCUAAUCAAAGUUUGACAGCCUCUGAAAUUCAGGUGCAGGGUGCUAAAACUGCGUCAACUAACAGUGUUGGUUUGAGUAAGAUAUUUAAAGGUCCACUGGGAGAAGAUUUCAAUGUGGAUAACUUUACAUAUUCGCUUGCCCAAAUUAGAGCCACCUUUUAUCCCAAAUUUGAAAAUGAGAAGUCAGACCAAGAGGUUCGGCUGAGAAUGAUAGAGAUGGUCUCUCAUGGCCUGGCUACAUUAGAGGUCUCACUUAAGCACUCAGGGUCUUUAUUUAUGUAUGCGGGGCAUGAGGGUGGAGCAUAUGCAAAGAACAGUUUUGGAAAUAUAUACACUGCUGUUGGUGUUUUUGUUCUUGGUCGUAUGUUCUGUGAGGCAUGGGGUAUUGAAGCAAGAAAAAAGCAAGCAGAAUUCAAUGAUUUUCUUGAGAGGAACCGUAUGUGCAUAUCAAUGGAACUUGCAACUGCUGUUCUAGGAGAUCAUGGUCAGCGGCCCCGGGAGGAUUAUGUUGUGGUGACUGCAGUCACAGAACUGGGCAAUGGAAAACCAAAGUUCUACUCUACUCCUGAUAUAAUUGCUUUCUGUAGGAAAUGGCGCUUACCAACCAAUCAUAUUUGGUUGUUCUCAACAAGGUGAGAAUUUAUGGUUUAAGUCAGUCUUACUGGGAUAUAAUGCCUACCAAAGAUAAUGGAUAUUUAUCUUGGUUCUCUGAUUAUGUUGAUUCCUUGGAUUGUUUUGUAGCUCUUUUUCAUAUUUUUGCUGCUGUUCCUCUGCAUGUUCCUGCAUUUCUGCAGUACAUUAGUUCAAUUAUUCUUAUCUUAUAAUGCUAGCUGUUAUCUUUAUUUAUCAUUACACGUGGUUAGAUUGUAACACUGGCUGAAGACUUACUGACCAAUUGGGGAGUGAAUGAAAUGCCAACCAUAUAAACCAGAAGAGAAAGAACUUCAGCAGAACUUAUCACCAAAGAUUCAGGCACAUCAUUCUCUACUUUUUUAGAAUUUCAGGUGUUCUGCUCAAGUUUUUAGUUUAGAAAAGCUACGCAAGCUCCUUGACCCUACAUUAUGAGCAACUUGUUCUUUCCAAAAUCCAGAUAUGAAUGUAAAAGAGGGGAGAUAUGUAACAACUUAGCUUGUGCAGAAUUAAUGGACAAAAAGGAACUGCUCUAGCAUAUUCAGAUCUGAUUCUGAAGUGAUGAAGUAAAACCACAGAGAACUUGAAAGAAACAUGAAAUGCAGAUUCAAAUAGUUCAACCACUCAGAGUAAGCAAAUACCUAUCCUGUUGGUGAUUAAAGACUUG